AAUCAAUCAAGUGCCAAAGUAAAAUAUCAAUACUUGAGAAUCGCUUCAGUAUAAAAUCAUCACAAUGGCUAUUCCUAAAACGGAUAAGAGAAUAAAGGAUAUAAUGACAGCAGACGAAAUGUGGAAAGUUUUUAUCCGAUCCGAAGAUGAUUCUGGAAAAAUCUGGAAGUAUAAUUGGGGAUGGAUCUUGCAAGAAUACGAAGACCUGAAGAAAAAGAUGGACGAAAAAACCGCAACAUCUGAACUUCUGAAAAGAGUAACCAAAAAACGAGAAGACGAUGAUAGAAAACUGGGUACUUUUCCACAAACUUUCAAUCAUCGGUAUGGAUGGAUAGCUGAAAAAAAGGAUUUCCAGUUGGAGAUAUAUGGGCCAGAUUUUUUCAAACCUAUACCUCUGCCGGAUAUAUACAAAGUUCCGAAGCACUGAAGUAUUUUUUCAAUGAUCUAUAUGAAUCGAAACUGGAUCAGUUAUUAAUGAAUAUACCGAGUGCCAACA